UGCUGCUCGAACAAGGAGAAUAUGAGAAAGCCGAAACAUAGUGAGGAUAUGAAUCAGUUGUAACUUUGCGUGUCCUCGUGUAACGGCUGGGUCCACCGUCCGCGGCUGCUGAAACAUUUGUCGGUGUUACAAGUGGCGGACUGGCUCCUCGCCGGAGUGUAAGUAAAGGAAAGCGUUGUUUGGAGCCGUUAAACAAAGAGCUUUCCUUUCCUCUACCAUUGUUACCGAGCGCAGCUCCUGUUUUCUAACCCAUUCAGCGGCAUUUUCGGACUGCAAAAAGUGAGAGGCGGCCUGUGCUCCAGUCAUGACCUCUGGAAAUGGAAACACUAACAGCAACAGCAGCCAACAAAAUGGAGAGAGCAAACCAGCCCAGGCCGUAGUGAGAUGCAACAUCCUCACCCAUCUGAUAGAAGGCUACGUUAUCCAGGAGGGUGCUGAGCCUUUCCCUGUGGAACGUCCAUCUUUCUCCAUUGAGAGCCUGAGGAGACACACUGCAGACUCUAAGAUGAGCGUCCUCUCACUAAAGGAGUUAAAGGCCCAGCAGGAGCCUGUGCUGACCUGUGAGUUGUGUGGCAGGGUGGAUUUCGCCUACGUCUUCAAAAGGUCGAAGAGGUUCUGUUCUACGGUGUGCGCCAAACGCUACAAUGUGGGAUGCACCAAGAGAGUGGGUCUUUUCCCAAACCGCAAGACCACCCUGGAGAACAUGAAGAAACAGAGAGCACUGAAUGGAAACCACAAACAUUGCAGUUUGGAGUCUCAAAAGAAUAAGCCUUCUGCUGCUGCUGCUGCUGCUGCUGCUGCUGCUGCUGCUGCUGCUGCUGCUGCUGCUACUCUGCCCACUGGUCAGAUGCUGCAUCCUGCACAGGGACAGUCCAGCCAAUGUUCAGAUCUGCCUGGCUACAAAAGACCCCCGUCCCCCCUUUCAGCCACGCAGCCCCACUGCUUCCUCCCCAGUGACACCGGCCAGUGGAACAUAGAAGAUGUCUACGAGUUCAUCUCCUCUCUGCCAGGUUGUCUGGAGAUUGCUGAGGAGUUCCGUUCUCAGGAGAUCGAUGGACAGGCCCUGCUGCUGCUGAAGGAGGACCAUCUUAUGGGAACCAUGAACAUCAAACUGGGCCCUGCACUUAAGAUCUUUGCCCAGAUUAACACACUCAAAGACUCGUAGCCCAUCUCUCGCUCUCACACACACACACACACAUACACACACACACACACACACACACUGCUCUCAGAAGCAGCUCUGCUAUGACUGGAUAGACUCGAAGUGCUCAGGAUGUCACAUGUUGACUCAUUUGUGAGCUGAGUUCAGGUGCUGGGCCAGAACAAUUAGAUGGACAUUUUGUCUUGGCCUCAGCCGGGACUGUUGGACUCUGAUGUCUUCUACUUCAGGAAGAUGUCGCCCCAUACUGUGACAAGAAUGGUGUUGGGUAGGCUGUGUUGGGGAACGUGUCUUAUUGAGAACAUAUUGUUUUCAUAAUGUAUUACUGCAGGCGAGCUUUAAGAUUAGCAGCUCCUCUAGUAUUUCACACAGGAGCAUGACUGAAUAUUUCAGAUCUGUGCUUGUUGUUCCAGCCCAACAUUUUGUAAAACAUGCCUGUGUCAUUACAAGAUCGCUGUCCUGUGCAGAGUUUUCAUGCUAGCUAUCAAGUCCCUGCACUGCUAUCUUCUUGAACUCUGGACAUUCUGUCCUAGAGCGGCUCAUGUCCAACUUAAAAGGUGGCCAGCAGGCGGUGCAAGACUUCCAGGAGAUGGUGAUGCAGGACAGUGAUGCAUAGUUUCGACAGUCCUGGAUCAGGGCUAAAUGUGUUUAGACUGGAAGUGGAAGCAGCAAGAAACUGCUAGCCCAACUCCGUCAGUAGUUGGGAGAAAAGCCAUCUAAUGACUCAAAAUCUGUCUAAUGACACUGAGGUUUACUAUUUAUUGACUAAUAACCAUUAACAAGAUGUGUGAACAAGACAUAAUGGAAGAUGGACUUUUUUCACUUGUAAAACCAGUUUUGUGUCUCAUCAGAUGUCUCUCCUCCUGACUCUGGUAACACCCCAUACCAGCUUAUUUCCAUAAACAUCAGACUUGAUGGUAGGCUACUGGUAUUUUCUCCUACAUGUUAUUGUGCGUGUUGAUAAAGGACAAACAAGUU